ACGGCACGUCAGUGGCCUUCCGGGCGGAAGUCCGCAGCCUCCCGAGCCGCUGAUUGGCUUUCGGGCUGGCGCCUAUCUCGGCCCCCGCGCCAGUUUCGGGCUUGUUGGCGCGGAAUCGGGAGACUCCGAGACCAUGGCUCCCGUGCACGGCGACGACUGUAAGCUUGGGACUAGCGCUGUUUCAGAUUCAGGGAGUUUUGUAGCUUCUCGAGCUCGGCGAGAAAAAAAAUCAAAGAAAGGACGCCAGGAAGCUCUAGAAAAACUGAAAAAGGCUAAAGCUGGUGAGAAGUAUAAAUAUGAAGUCGAGGACUUCACAAGUGUUUAUGAAGAAGUUGAUGAAGAACGGUAUUCAAAGCUGGUUCAGGCACGCCAGGAUGAUGACUGGAUCGUGGAUGAUGAUGGAACUGGCUAUGUGGAAGAUGGCCGAGAGAUUUUUGAUGAUGACCUUGAUGAUGAUGCUCUUGACACCAGUGAGAAAGGAAAAGAUGGUAAAACACACAACAAAGACAAGAAGAAUGUAAAGAAACUCGCAGUGACAAAACCAAACGAUAUCAAGUCAAUGUUCAUUGCUAGUGCUGGAAAGAAAACUGCAGAUAAAGCUGUAGAUUUGUCCAAGGAUGAUCUGCUAGGUGACAUUCUACAAGAUCUGAACACUGAGACACCUCGAAUAACUCCACCGCCUGUAAUGUUACGAAAGAAGAAAAGGUCUAUUGGAGCUUCACAGAAUCCUUUCUCUGUGCACACCCCCAAGGUAAUUCCUUCAGGAAAAACUGCUUCCCCUGCCUCUAGGAAGGAACCUCCAUUAACUCCUGUUCCUCCUAAACAUGCUCAAUUUUCUGGAGAGCUGGUGCAGCCAGAAUAUCCAGAAGACGAGCAGGAGUCAGGGGCAAUGGAGUUUGAAGAUGGUGACUUUGAUGAGCCCAUGGAAGCUGAGGAGGUGAACACGGAGCCUAUGGCUGCCAAGACUUGGGACCAAGAGAGUGACCCUGCAGAGGGGAUGAAGCACAAGGCAGAUCCUAGGAAGGGGACCAUGUCCUGCUUGGGAAGUUUUCUCCCAGAUGUCUCUUGUUGGGACAUUGAUCAGGAAGAUGAUAGCAGUUUCUCAGCACUGGAAGUUCAAGUGGAUUCCAAUCAACUCCCAUUGGUAAAAGGGUCAGAUGAGGAACAAGUGUUCCGGUUUUAUUGGCUGGAUGCUUAUGAAGAUCAGUACAACCAACCAGGUGUGGUAUUUCUGUUUGGCAAAGUUUGGAUUGAAUCAGCCAAGACCCAUGUGAGCUGUUGUGUCAUGGUGAAAAACAUUGAGCGAAUGCUCUACUUCCUUCCCCGUGAAAUGAAAAUUGAUUCAAAUACAGGGAAAGAAACAGGAACUCCAGUUACAAUGAAAGAUGUUUAUGAUGAAUUUGAUGAGAGAAUAGCAAAUAAAUAUAAAAUUAUGAAGUUCAAGUCCAAGAUAGUGGAAAAGAAUUAUGCUUUUGAGAUACCUGAUGUUCCAGAAAAGUCUGAAUACUUGGAAGUUAGAUACUCGGCGGAAAUGCCACAGCUUCCUCAGGAUUUGAAAGGAGAAACUUUUUCUCAUGUAUUUGGGACCAACACAUCCAGCUUGGAACUGUUCUUGAUGAACAGAAAGAUCAAAGGACCUUGCUGGCUAGAAGUAAAAAAUCCACAGCUCUUGAAUCAGCCAAUCAGUUGGUGUAAAUUUGAGGCAAUGGCUUUGAAACCAGACCUGGUGAAUGUAAUUAAGGAUGUUGGUCCUCCUCCACUUGUGGUGAUGUCUUUCAGCAUGAAGACAAUGCAGAAUGCAAAGAACCAUCAAAAUGAGAUUAUUGCUAUAGCAGCUUUGGUCCAUCAUGGUUUUGCCUUAGAUAAAGCACCCCCACAACCUCCUUUUCAGUCACACUUUUGUGUUGUAUCUAAGCCAAAGGACUAUAUAUUUCCAUGUGCUUUCAAAGAAGUCAUUAAGAAAAAGAAAGUGAAGGUUGAGGUUGCUGAAACAGAAAGAACACUGCUAGGUUUUUUCCUUGCAAAAGUUCACAAACUUGAUCCUGAUAUCAUUGUGGGUCAUAAUAUUUAUGGGUUUGAACUGGAAGUGCUGCUGCAGAGAAUUAAUGUGUGCAAAGUCCCUUACUGGUCCAAGAUAGGUCGACUGAAGCGAUCCAACAUGCCAAAGCUUGGGAGCCGGAGUGGAUUUGGUGAAAGAAAUGCUACCUGUGGCCGAAUGAUCUGUGAUGUGGAAAUUUCAGCAAAGGAAUUGAUUCAUUGUAAAAGCUACCAUUUGUCUGAACUUGUUCAACAGAUUCUGAGAAUUGAAAGAAUUGUAAUUCCAGUGGAAAAUGUACGAAAUAUGUACAGUGAAUCUUCUCAUCUGUUGUACCUGUUGGAACAUACCUGGAAAGAUGCCAAGUUCAUUUUGCAGAUCAUGUGUGAGCUAAAUGUUCUUCCAUUAGCAUUGCAGAUCACUAACAUUGCUGGAAACAUUAUGUCCAGGACUCUGAUGGGUGGACGAUCUGAGCGUAACGAGUUCUUGUUGCUGCAUGCAUUUUAUGAAAACAACUAUAUUGUGCCCGACAAGCAGAUUUUCAGAAAGCCUCAGCAAAAACUGGGAGAUGAAGAUGAAGAAAUUGAUGGAGAUACCAGUAAAUACAAGAAAGGACGCAAGAAAGCAGCUUAUGCUGGAGGCUUGGUUUUGGACCCCAAAGUUGGUUUUUAUGAUAAAUUCAUUUUGCUCCUGGACUUCAAUAGUUUAUAUCCUUCCAUCAUUCAGGAAUUUAACAUUUGUUUUACAACAGUUCAGAGAGUUGUUUCAGAGGCACAGAAAGUUGCAGAGGAUGGAGAACAAGAACAGAUCCCUGAGUUGCCAGAUCCAAGCUUAGAAAUGGGCAUUUUGCCCAGAGAGAUCCGGAAGCUGGUAGAGAGGAGAAAACGAGUAAAACAGCUAAUGAAGCAACAAGAUUUAAACCCAGACCUUGUUCUUCAGUAUGACAUUCGACAGAAGGCUUUGAAGCUCACAGCGAACAGUAUGUAUGGUUGCCUGGGAUUUUCCUACAGCAGAUUUUAUGCCAAACCACUAGCUGCCUUGGUGACAUACAAAGGAAGGGAGAUUUUGAUGCAUACGAAAGAGAUGGUACAGAAGAUGAAUCUUGAAGUUAUUUAUGGAGAUACGGAUUCAAUUAUGAUAAACACCAAUAGCACCAAUCUGGAAGAAGUAUUUAAGUUGGGGAACAAGGUAAAAAGUGAAGUGAAUAAGUUAUACAAACUGCUUGAAAUAGACAUUGAUGGUGUUUUCAAGUCUCUGCUACUGCUGAAGAAAAAGAAGUAUGCUGCUCUGGUUGUUGAACCAACUUCAGAUGGGAAUUAUGUUACCAAACAGGAGCUGAAAGGAUUAGAUAUAGUUAGAAGAGAUUGGUGUGAUCUUGCUAAAGACACUGGCAACUUUGUCAUUGGCCAGAUUCUUUCUGAUCAAAGCCGGGACACUAUAGUGGAAAACAUUCAGAAGAAGUUAAUAGAAAUUAGAGAAAAUGUGCUAAAUGGUAGUAUCCCAGUGAGCCAAUUUGAAAUUAACAAGGCAUUGACAAAGGAUCCCCAGGAUUACCCUGAUAAAAAAAGCUUACCUCAUGUACAUGUUGCCCUCUGGAUAAAUUCUCAAGUGGGCAGGAAGGUGAAAGCUGGAGAUACUGUGUCAUAUGUCAUCUGUCAGGAUGGGUCAAACCUCACUGCAAGUCAGAGAGCCUAUGCCCCUGAACUGCUGCAGAAACAAGAUAAUUUAACCAUCGACACCCAGUACUACCUAGCCCAACAAAUCCACCCAGUUGUGGCUCGGAUAUGUGAACCAAUAGAUGGAAUUGAUGCAGCCCUCAUUGCAACAUGGUUAGGACUUGACCCCACCCAGUUUAGAGUUCAUCAUUAUCAUAAAGAUGAAGAGAAUGAUGCUCUACUUGGUGGCCCAGCACAACUCACUGAUGAAGAGAAAUACAGGGACUGUGAAAAAUUCAAAUGUCCAUGUCCUGCAUGUGGAACCGAGAAUAUUUAUGAUAGUGUCUUUGAUGGCUCGGGAACUGAUUUGGAGCCCAGUUUGUAUCGUUGCAGUAAUAUUGAUUGUAAGGCUUCACCUCUGACCUUUGUGGUACAGUUGAGCAACAAAUUGAUCAUGGACAUUAGACGAUGCAUUAAAAAGUAUUACGACGGCUGGUUGCUGUGUGAGGAGCCAACAUGUCGCAAUCGAACUCAGCACCUUCCCCUUCAAUUCUCCCGAAGUGGGCCUCUUUGUCCAGCCUGCAUGAAAGCUGUUCUUAGACCAGAGUAUUCUGACAAGUCCCUGUACACCCAGCUGUGCUUUUACCGGUACAUUUUUGAUGUGGACUGUGCACUGGAGAAACUUAUUACCGAUCAUGAGAAAGAUAAGUUGAUGAAACAGUUUCUUACUCCCAAAGUUCGUCAGGACUACAAAAAACUCAAGAAUACAGCAGAGCAGUUCUUGUCCCGGAGUGGCUACUCAGAAGUGAACCUCAGCAAACUCUUCGCAGAUUGUGCUGUGAAGUCCUAAGCGGAAGGAGAAGCAAGCGAAUGAGGAGGGCCUGAGGAGGGCUGGUUGCAGAAUACAGCUUCCUGAGCACCUCCAGGAGGACCCUCCUUGUUCAGUGUCUCUUGUUUAUGUGGAUAUGGGCUGGGAGGGAGGGGGGAAUUGCAAAAAUACAGAUUCUAACAAGCACCAGAGAAAAUCCAAACUGUCCUCUUAGGAUAUACUGCUCAGCUCUUCCCCAAGUACCUGAAGACCUAGCAUGUUGGGGACUGGGUUUCUGGGAGAGGGAAAUUGCCACUUGGAGAGUGGCUGGAAUGUAAGUGACCCUAGGCUUUGCCCCAGGACUUUAGCAGAGUUACUUUCCAAAAGGGGGCUCCUGGAGCUUGAGGGAAACACUAACAUUUUGCCUUUUCAAGAACCAGUUAAACCCAGUCUAAAUCCUAAUGCUUCCUCAGCCACUUGCUCUGGGAGUGGCUGUGCUUAUCAGUCUGGUCUUACAAGUAGUGAGGGGGGAUUUAAAAGCCUUGCACUCAGUAGAUGAAACAGAACAAACUUGUUUGUUGACUUGCCAGUACACACUGAGCAGGUGUUUUACAGUCACGCACCUUUUUUCCCCUUAAAUAGAGAGCUCUGGUAAAGGUUCAUAAGACAGUGACACAAAAGCACAUUUAAGAUACUUUGAUGUCCUAACAUUUUGUUUAAAAUGUGUAGGGCCAAGGAUGUAGCACUUGUGACCCCCCUGGGUUCAAUCCAGAGGACUACAGAAAAAAGAAAGAAAGAAAGAAAAAGAGGUCGGGGAAAGAAUCACUGUGCUGCAUCCAGAAAAAUGAAGCAGGAAAUGGUUAAUUGGCCCUGGUGGUUCUUAUUGUGUUCUCAUUUCUUCAGAAUGGUGUCCUCUUUGCUGGCAGCAAAAUAUUUCAAUAAGUCAGUCUUUCCUUUCUUACAUUAUUUAUAAGAUUAUACUAACAAAAUAUCUAUUUCCCCUCAUACAACUAUGCAUGUACUUUUUAAAAUGUUUACCUGCUUUUAUAAAGAAAAAAUAUGUUGUGCUUUUUACUUAAGAAUAAAGUUUUCUAAAGGGAAAA